AUGCAGUCCUACAUUGGUGUGUUGGCACGCUCCAGAGUCCCACUUGUGGACAAGAAAUGGGCUGAAAUCCCCAAGGAUAUAAAAGAGCAGAUUUGGGAAGCUGUGGACAUGGCUUUUGUGGUAGGUCAAGGGGGCAAGAAACUGGUGUUAUCUUUUGCAGCCAAGAAAUGGAAGGAUUUCAAGUCUACAGUAACGAGAUUGAAACUUGAGUACAAUCAUCGAUUGUCUCGAAAAGGAUAUACUGGUUUGGAGGAUCAAUUGGAGGAAACCAUGCCCGGGGUAGAAAUUGAUCGAUCUACCUUAUGGAAGAAAGCUAGACAAGACAAACAUGGUAACAUCCUGGAUCCAAAGGUGGCAGAGAAAGCAAAAUUAAUUGAUGAAUUGCAAAAACAAGUCUCUGAAGGCAGUCUUACUGUAUCUGGCAGUAAUGAUGUGUUGACAAUGGCUUUGGGUCCCGAGCAUCCAGGGAGAGUUAGAGGGGUAGGUGUUGGGAUUUCCCCUAGCCAAUACUUCAAUUUACCUAGACAACAGAGGGUAAAGUUUGCCAAUCAAUUAAAGGAAAGUGUAAGACUUGUCCUUCAAGAAGAGAAUUUGAAGAUGGAAGCUAGGUCAAGGGAAGAGACUUUAAAGAUGGAGGCUAGAACCAAGCAAUUGGUAGAGGUUGAGACGGAAAAUUUUUUGAGUCAGCUUUCCCAACUCAUCCCCAAUUUUGAUCCAAGCAUGCUUAAACCGAAAACUAGCCCCUGUCAAAACCAAGGUCAAGAGCAAAGUCCCAAAAAUCCAAUGUCGGACAAAGCAAGCUGCUCUAGGGCUCUUGAUGGGAGAUCCCGACAUUUUGAGGAUGAUACUGCCAAGAAUGGGGAAAAGCAGGAUGAAAUGAAAUCUAGGGAUUUAGAAAAGCAAGAUGAAGAAAAGAAAGAUGAAAAGCAAGAUGAAGAAAAGCAAGAUGAAAAGUUUGCGAAGGGAAAAGAUCAAGCGCCAUACCCCCAAGCAGCCAUUGAUGAAGUCAGGAAAGAAUGGGCAGAGUUUGUUUGCCUUUAUAUGGAGUAG